GUGAAAUAGCUGCCUAUAUAAGUGCAUAGGGUUCGGGGUGAACAGUUCAUCAAUUGUUUCAUAUGCUUCUGCAACUCCUCCUUCGUAUUGUUGUUUCUCUCUCUAUAUACUUUCUCUCUCUAGAAUAUCGAUAACAAUGGCGUUUAGGAAGACGAUUACCCAGCGCCUCUUCAGCUUAUCGAGAAUGGCGAACACCCCCGCCGUAACUAACUGCCGCACCUCGUCGCCGUGCUCCGCCGCCAAAUCGGCCUCCCUGAACCAUCCGUCGAAGCCGAAUGGAUUUGCCCUAGAUCCAGGGGACGAUGGAAUAUUCCGUCGGUAUAUCCACCGUAACUCGGCUGCGGCGGCGUCCCCCUCGGCGAUCCGGUACCUUCCGACCGGAGAGAAGCUACUGGAGAAGCUCCGUGAGAUGGAUAUCUCCAAGGAUAGGAUCAGGCUCGACGGACUCAUACCGCCGCCGGCGGAGGCGGAGGCGGAGAUGGAGGCGGAAUUGGAGGAAUCGCCGGAGGCGAAUCUGACGGUGGCGGACGCCAAAAAAAUCCUCAAACUAUCGCAGCUGGAAACGGUGAAAUCGAGGCUGAAAACGGUGGAGAACGACGUCGUUUCGUAUUCGGAAUUUCUGGAGAUCUGUGAUAAUGUAUGCUCGAGUACAGAUCAAUCUCUGGAAUUCGCUAAAAUACUCGACGAAUCAGGAACUGUAAUUGUUCUCGGAAACAUCGUCUUCCUCAAACCCCAACAGGUGAUGAAAGCCAUCACUGGAUUGUUACCCUUGACCAUAACCCACACCAAACUGGACGAUCCAAGAAAGAAAGAACUCCAAGAAAUGGAGAAACAAAAAUCAACAAUCGACAUUGAUGCUGACCUAGCCGUAAAACGGGAGUUCAAACUCGGAUUAGGCUAUCUCGUUGUCCAAACAGCAGCCUUCAUGAGGCUAACAUUCUGGGAAUUAUCAUGGGAUGUAAUGGAACCUAUUUGUUUCUUUGUUACGUCUACGUAUUUCAUGGGUGCGUAUGGAUACUUUAUGAGGACAUCUAAAGAGCCUUCAUUCGAAGGGUUUUAUCAGAGCAGGUUUGGUGCUAAGCAGAAGCGGUUGAUGAAGGCUCGUGAUUUCGAUUUCGAGAGGUACAGCGAGCUCAAGAAAGCUUGUUCGAGCUCGUAAUUUGUUGCACAUGUGAUUUGAUAUAAGCAAUUGUGAUAGGAUCUUAUUUGAUUGAGAUCAAGAAAAUGAUAUUGGUAUAAAUGUUGGGAUUGGGAAGAAUGGGACAUAAUAUUUCUACUUUUAAUUUUCUUUUUCUUUUUUAAUAUUGUUGUGGAAUGGGACAUUAUAUGUAAUUUUUACUUCUUGCGGCGGCUCGUGUUGUAACCAUAGUUGAAGAGACUUUUUUUUGGCAAUAGGGAU